UUCUGAUCCCUAAGGUAUCUUUUAACCACCGUUUAAUCAUAUGUUACUGUUUUCAAAAUUAUUUCUCAAGUUUUUCUUAUAAUUCUGUGAUUAUCAUGGCUCCAAGCAAAAGGGAUGAAGAUGAUCUCGAUUCUGAAAGUCAAUCAAAUGAUUCUUCAAGAUCUUCCAGUGAAAGUGAAGCAGAAUCGGCCAAUUCGGAUGACAGAGGAGACAAUCGUGAAGAAAUUGAUGAAGACAAGGAAGAUAGCGAUGAUGACGAAGAAAUGGAAGAAUCAAAAGUUGAAGUAAAAGGAGAAAGUGAUUCUGACGAGGAAAGAGAAGCUGAUGAGGAAAAAGAAGCCGAUGAAGACAAAGAAGCUGAUGAGGAUAAAGAAGCUGAUGAAGUCAUGGCUGAUCUGGAAGAGGAUGAUGAUAGAGAAGAAGAAAGUGAAAAUGACGAAGACAAGGAUGAUGAUAAAGACGAUGACAAGGAUGAUGACAAAGAAGAAAAAGAUGAAGAGAUGGAAGAAGAGAAAGCUGCCGAAAAAGAUGACGAAAGUGACUCUGACGACGACAGGGAAGUCACUCACGCUGUUGAUGCAGAUGAUGUGCUUGCAGAUCUUAAUCUUGAUGAUGAUGAUGAAGAUGAAGGCAGAGAAGCUACUGGUGGAGACGAAAGGGAAGAAGAGCCGCCAGAAGAGAUACCCAUCACACGUAUUGAAGUAGAAAUUCCAAAGAUUCCAACUGAACUCGGAAAUGAUAUUCAUUUUGUUAAAUUACCCAAUUUUUUAAGUGUUGAUACUCAUCCAUAUGAUCCAUCUUGGUAUGAAGAUGAAAUCGAUGAAGACGAAAUUCUCGAUGAAGAAGGAAGACAUCGAUUAAAAUUGAAAGUUGAAUCAACAAUAAGAUGGAGAACUGUAGUUGACGAGAAUGGAGUGUCUCUCAAAGAAAGUAAUGCCAGAAUAGUUAAAUGGUCAGAUGGUAGCAUGUCUCUACACCUUGGAUCUGAAAUCUUUGAUAUUCAUAAACAAAGCUUAAUGGCUGGUGAUAAUAAUCAUCUUUUCAUUCGUCAAGGGACUGGUCUACAAGGGCAAGCCGUUUUCAAAACUAAACUUACUUUCCGACCUCAUUCAACUGAUAGUUUUACACAUCGUAAGAUGACCCUUUCAUUGGCCGAAAGAAGUCAUAAAACUCAAAAGAUUCGUGUUUUACCUAACGUUGGUAAAGAUCCUGAAGCCCACAGGUCAGAAAUGAUCAAGAAGGAAGAGGACAAGUUAAAGGCAUCUAUUAGACGAGAAAACAAAAUGAGAAGAGUCCGGGAAAAGGCUCCUUUCCGUGGUCCAACAGCAUCUUAUUUAGAGCCUGAUGCAUACGAUGAUGAUGAUGAUGAUGAUGGCGGUGUAUCUUUAUCAGCAAUUAAAAAACGUUACAAGAAAGGAGGUGCUGGUUAUAAUAUCUAUACAGAUAGUGACGAUGAUAGUGACCUGGAUAAGAAAAAAUCAUCUAGUGAACGAAAACGAACUGCGAAGGUUGUCGAAAGUGAUGAUGAAGAUGACGAUAAAUAGCCCGUCUGGUGACCCUUUAAAAAAUAAACCUAAGUGUUUACUAUUCAACUGAAUAUUAGUGUGUAAUUAAAUUUUUUAUGUAAUAA